CUACAAAAUCUGGAUGUCUCUCUAAGUUGGCAGCAUGAGGCUAAAGCUGAUUGCUGUUGGGCUGCUGGUGCUUAAUGCACUGGCCAGUCUGUCUGAAGCUCAGUAUCAGAAUAUCCCGAAACAGAAUGUCCAGGGCAUAAGACCUCCUGCCACGAAUACCAAGCCUAACCAAUUUCCGGCCAAGCCUAACCAAUUUCCGGCCAAGCCUAACCAAGAUCAGAUCAAGCCUAUCCAAGAUCAGAUGAAGCCAGGUAUGUCGUUAAGACCCAUGACAUGGAAAUUCCCAGAAGUAGUGGUGCCUUCGGAAACCGGCACCGUGGUGGAACUCAAACCCCCCACCACUCCCAACAGCAUUAAGAUUCAGUGUGAGGAGAAGCAAGUGCUUGUGGAGGUGGACAUGGACUUUUACAAACAUGGCCAGCUGAUCAACCCAGCAGAUCUAACACUCGGAGGCUGCGCAGUGGUAGGACAAGAUGUUAGCACUAACAAACUGCUUCUCCAGUCUGAACUGCAUUCCUGCGGCGGUGUUCUGACAACAACGAACAAGGAGUUGAUCUACACCUUCACCGUUAUAUACGCGCCACGACCAUUAACAGGCACUAGCAUCAUACGUGCUGAUGGCGCCGUAGUUGGUGUUGCAUGCCACUAUCAGAGGAAUCAUAAUGUAAGCAGUGAUGUCUUGCAUCCUGUCUGGGUGCCGUUCUCUGCCAUUCUGACUGGAGAUGAGAUCUUCCUCUUCUCUCUGAGACUCAUGAUGGAUAACUUUGUAGGGAUAAGAGAGACAGCCAAGUUCUAUUUGGGUGAAAUGAUCUACAUUGAAGCCUCUGUCAGGCAGUUCUACCACGUUCCCCUUCGUGUGUAUGUGGACAGCUGUGUGGCUAGUGCAUCUGAAAAUCCCAACUCUGUACCCAACUACAAUUUCAUUGAGAACUAUGGGUGUAUGACUGAUGCCAAGAUCACAGGCUCCAGCUCACGAUUUCAGCAGCGCUCUGUAGAUGACAAACUUCAAUUCAUGAUAGAAGCCUUCAAAUUCCAAGAUACUCGCAUGGUGUACAUUACAUGCACACUUAAAGCCACUGCUGCCAUUGUCCCAAACGAUUUCCAUCACAAGGCCUGUUCCUACCUUGGAGGCGGAGGAUGGGUAGCUGUAGGAGGAUCUAAUGAGGUGUGCAGCUGCUGUGAUUCAAGCUGUGGUGGAGGAGGCGGAGGAGGUGUUGGAGGAGGUGUUGGAGGAGGUGGAGGAGGAGGUGGAGGAGGUGGUGUAGGAGGA